AUGGGGAUGAACACAGUAAACGGGAUGCAUAUUACCAAAGACUUUCCAUGCGGGAAGUGGUUAAAGAAACUGGACGGCACGCAAUACCAGCUUACACAACUGCCAGAAGAGUUCCCUCUGUUUUAUCCCCCGCGCGAUCCGGAGCCGCCGGAGCCGCAUGAGCCGGCCGCCGUUCUUCCGCAGCCACCACAGCCACGUGGACCACACGGGGCGCCCCAGUUCCCACGCCAUGUUUGGCCCGGUCCUGACCCGUCACAUGAGCGGCAGCUUCGAAACGUUGAAAGAAACAAUUAUUUGUUAGAGUGGGUGGCUGCGGCGCUGCAGCAGCAGCAGCAGCGACAGCAUGACGGCUUAUUGUUAAUUAUGGCGUUGGUGAAAGAGUUUGAGCACCUUAAAAUCUCACUAGAUAUGAUAAAGCUAGCUACCAAUAGCUUUGGCUCUGACCACUUCAUAGGAGUCGGUGGGUUCGGUAAAGUUUACAAAGGAGAGAUACCGGAAAGGGACGGCCGGCCCAUAACCGUCGCGAUAAAACAGUUAGACAGAAACACGGACAAGGUGGACAUGAGCUUUUCUGACGAGGCGGAUGAAAAGAUACUUGUGUACAAGUAUGAGUUGAAUGGAAGUCUUGAAAAGUAUCUUAACAGCAACACUCUCACGUGCGUGCAACGCCUCAAGAUAUGCGUUGGGGCAGCCCGCGGACUCGAGUACCUUCUCAAUCCUCUGGAGACUCAGCAACGAGUGUUGCACCGAGACGUGAAGAGCGCAAAUGUUCUUUUGGAUCAGUUCUGGGAAGCUAAAGUAUCGGACUUUGGAUUGUCUAGACUUGGGCCGACAAAUCAAGAGUUCUUGUUUCUUGUUUCGAAUGUUGUCGGAACGCCUGGUACUGUGAUCCUCUUUAUGCGGAAACAGGAAUCUUAA